UACCCAAUUCAAUUCACAUGGGCUUGUGAAAAUAGGAUUUAAGAUUCUCUAAUACAUCUCUUUUAAUCCAUGAUAGCUACAAGCGCAUUUAUGAAGCAUAAAAAUCAUACUCAAUCUAUAUUCUUGCAUUCUGUCAAACAAAAUUUUGUAACAUUAUUUCAUUCACGCAAAAAUUAGCUCUAGCAAGUCAUUAAUUUUUAAUAAACUUAAAACAAAUCAGAAAAUUUUGAACUUGAAAUAUUCCUCAAUGUCUGUUGGAGAAUAUUUAAGCAUAAUUAAAGAAUCUGUUUCACUUGAAGAAACCGAUUUAAAUAAUAUUUUUGAUCGAAUAAAUCUAUUGAGUACUGCAAAUGUAGCAAAGGAAUCUGAGGCUGUGGGAGAAUUGUUACUUAAUUUAGCUAAACUUGUACCUACAAACAAUGACCACAUAUUAUCCAAAUUCUGUUGUCUUUUGUGUUAUUUUCUUGAAAAUUCUACUGAAGUUCUUUUACAAUCAACUUCUUCAGAGCAUUUAUUUGAAUUCUUUAUUUCAAAAUUAUCCUCUUGUGGCAUCUGGGUUCUGAGUGAUGUUCUGGUUGCAUUUUCUUGCCUUUUGUCCAAAAUGCCUCUUCUUGAAUUGGAUCAUGUCGACAUUCUUUUAAAAGACGAUAGCAUUUUGUUUAUGUCAUCUGUAGAGGAUAAAAGCAUUCAAUAUAAUGCUCUUCAGUGUCUUUUUGCUCUUCUUAAAAAUCACAGUGAAACUGUCCACUUGUCUAAGAAGAUGAAUGUUUGUUUUCAAAAAUGUCUAUCACUUCUUAAAGAGUCAGUUAGUGAAAAUAGUAAAAUAAAUGCAAAGAUUCUGAUUUGCUCUCUUAAAUGCUUGCAGUUAAUAUUUUCAUAUGAAAUUGCUGUUAUAAAAAAAAUUGGAGAAAUACUUGGAAUACUGAAAAGUCUUUCAUUUUAUGGCUUUCCUGGUCCUUUGCUUAGUUUUGAUUUGAUGCCAACUCUUUCUUUACCUCUUGAAGAAUCUCUUAGUGAAUCUGAUACACCUCAUUCUAUGUUUCGAAAGCAGAAAAAGACCAGGAGAAGGAUAAAAAAGAAUCAUCACAGGUCUUCGCAAUCUAACAAAAAUGAGCAUGAAGAUCAUUCAGAGAACAGUGGGACAGACAAUAAUUUAUCUACUUUUAGCAACUCUUUCAGGGAUAUUAAAAUUAAAAGUAGCAGCUCUGAUUCUGAAUUUUCUGAUGUUGAUAGUCAGUUGUCGGGAAUGAGAGCUCUUUCUGCAUCGGUGCGGCAAAAUGCCUAUCAGGCCUUACAAAUUUUUGUGAAGUGUAUUGAUAAAAAAAUCAUGUUCAGUUAUUGGACAGCUUUCUUGCCAGAUCAUCCAGCUGUGUCUGUGUCUCUUUUCUAUACUGUGUUAAAGGACUUGGCACCGCAUGUCAGACUUAAUGCCUUAAUUCUGCUCAGUGAAAUAAUUAGAGGCUCUAAGCAAUAUUUAAUUCUUGCUGAUGGCAGGAGCACAAGACAUUCAGCAUUUACUUCACUGAGUUCAAUUCUUGCAUCAAUGAUAACUGAAACUCACAGAUGUUUGCUUCUUGCUCUAAUCUCUGAGAAGUCAUCUCUUCUGCUUUUGCAAAUUCUAAAAUGUUAUGCUGUGUUAGCGGAAAAUGUGCCUUAUAACAAGUUAAGGAAUGAAAUACUUUUUAAGUAUCUUAUGCAAAUAAAAGGAUUCUUGUUCCAUAAAGAUGUCCAAGUACAAGUAGCUGCUUUGGCAGUAUUUAUAAGCAUUUUAAAUUCUGAUCAAACACCUGAAGAGUUUGAAAGUCUAAUGCUUUCAUCUGACUUUGAUAGAGAGAACGAUACACCUUGGAUUGUGGAUGUUUGUAAACAAAUAAUUUACCAUGAUGAACACAUGCCUCUCAGAAUACAAUCCUUGCAGGUUUUAUGCAGUAUGACCAAAAAAUAUUUUCCUAAAUCAAGGUCAUUUUUACCUUUUAUUAAAGAUGUUAUAUUUUUUUGCUUGAAUGAUUCUCAACCAAGCCUUCAAUAUUAUGGAAUCAAACUUGUUGAUGUUAUUGGUCGCUGCACUAAUGAUGUAUCUAAUUUAGAAGAAAGUAUAAGUUUGUUAUCUUCCGAAAUUUUUUUAAAUGCAGUGACAAAACCUUUGAUAACAUGUUUGACCAAUGAAGAGCAGAAACAUUUACAAGCAUCUGUUUGUGAUUGCCUUUCUACCCUGCCUGCCAAGGAUUUUGCUUUGUUAGAUUCUAGACUGCAGAUUCUCUAUGUUAGUAUCCUCUUAGGUUUAACCUCUGAUUCUAAUGCAAAUACUAGAGGUUCUGCCAUCCGAUGUUUGGGAAUAUUUUGUUUGUUUCCAUCUUUGAUUGAGGAUGCAUCCUUUUACGAUGAUUUGAGUAGAAUUCUUGUCAAAACAGUGAAUGAUACAAAUGUAAAUGUGAGAUUUAAAGCAUCCUGGGCCCUGGGCAAUCUCAGUGAUGGUUUACUUUUGAAGAGGAGAGAUUUUGCCAAUGAAAUGUCAGCCGAGUUAUUUUAUUCAAUCUGUAUGGGAUGCAUUGAAUACUCAAAAGAUUGUGACAGAGUAAAAGCGAAUGCUGUCAGAGCAUUGGGAAACUUUUUGCUUUUCAUACCUCGCCAAUAUUUAAGUUCCCUCCAAAUUCUAGAGUUGAUUGGAAAAGCCUGUGAAACUUUAUUGUGUGCUUUAUCAGCCAAUUUUAUGAAAGUGUGUUGGAAUGCUUGUUAUGCAUUAAAGAGCAUGAUGAGAAAUGAUAGUCUCUUGGAAUUAUCUGCUCUCAUCAAAAUGGAAACCAUACUGCAUGCUUUAAUCUCUGUCCUUAAUAAAUCUCCAAAUUUCAAAGUUAGAAUAAGUUGUGUUCAAGCAGCAUCUUCUUUAAAGUACAGGACACAAUAUGGUGCUGUUUUUCCUCAACUCUGGAAACAGAUUUUGCUCUCUUUGCUGUCUGCAAACAAAGAUGCCAACUUCAAAGAAAUAAAACACCAAGAAAAUUUAUCUGAACAGCUCUGUCACAGUUUCUGUCAUCUUGUUUCAUUAGUAACUCUCCAAGAUUUAAGUGCUGUAAAGGAGGACACACUUUUGGCAAAAGAGAUGUUAUUAACAUCCAUGUGGAAAUUUGGGACUCAUUUAUCAGAAGAGAAAAGUGCAAUUUUAUCAACUGCAUUGAAAAACAUUGAAGUUCUUGGCUGCGAAGUAUCUCAUAAUGUGAUUUUAAUGACUUUACAAGAUGUUUUGAAUCAAGCUACCUUUGCCAGCAGGUCUUUGCAUUAAAAAAUGAUCAUAUUUUGUUAAAGUAUUUAAAUGAAAAUGUUUUAUAGCAGAUAAUUUAAAUUUUCUUUUAACAAUAUUGCUAUUUUGCAUUUUAAGAUACAAGAUUUCAUACAUGUUCAGAGUUGUUGUAACCAUGAAAUUUCUCAGAAGUUUUAUAAUAAAAAGUAUUCGACAAA